AUGGGUGGAUUCCAUGACACCACAGAGAAAGGAGACCUGUUAUUUGUUGAUCAAAAUGAAUACAAAGUCAAAAUGUUUUCAAACGACGGGGAUAUUACCACACUUUUUACAACAGAAUGGAAACCAUAUUGUAUUCAUUACUCUCGGAUAAACGGUGAAAUAUUUCUAGGUCAAUAUACAAGCACACCAAAAGAUAAAUUUCUUAGCAAAGUCACAAGACAUGACAGUACAGGCUGGACACAGGUCAUUGAGAAAGACAAGAAGGGACGGAGGCUGUAUGUAAAUGUACCACAAUACAUCACAGAAAAUAAAAACAGGGAUAUUUGGACAUCGUGCAUAUCGGGUCAAGUCGUAGUAGUGGAUACCUCUGGACGACAUCGGUUUAACUAUACAGGUCAAAAAUUCCAGUCUUAUUUCAGGCCUAGCGGUAUCUCUACUGAUAAUUUAGGACAGGCAUUGGUUUGCAAUUGUUGGGUUAAUAGUGCGAGUGUUCAUCUUCUUGAUCAAGACGGCUUAGUUGAAAAGACAUUUUCGAUUCUCUCAUCCCCUAUACAGUUGUCAACAAUUAUUGUACCUGGAGCUAGCAGUGUAAAUCAUAUGUCUUUGGACACUUCAGACAGACUUUGGGCGCACAAUUGCUCUAAAGAGCUUUUACACGUACACCGCAACGGAACAAUAUUACAUAAUCUUCCUAUCAGAUCCUUAUAUAGUGGAUUUCAUGACACCACAGAGAAAGGAGAGCUGUUAUUUGUUGAUAUACAUGAGCAAAAAGUAAAAAAGUUUGGAACAAACGGGAACAUCACUACUCUCCUUACAACAGAGUGGGAACCAUACUGUAUUCACUACUCUCGAAUCAAUGGCGAUAUAAUUCUGAUACAGUUUACAAGGAUAUCAAAGGGGAAAUUUCUCAGCAAAGUCACAAGACAUGACAGUACAGGCUGGACAAAGGUCAUUGAGAACGACACUAAUGGACGGAGGCUGUAUGAAUACGUACCACAAUACAUCACAGAAAAUAAGAACGGGGACAUUUUGACAUCAAGUUGGGGUCGAGUCGUAGUAGUAGACAGCACAGGACGACGUAGGUUUAUCUAUACAGGUCAACAAUUCCAGUCUCAAUUCUCUCCCCGUGGUAUCUGCACCGAUAUCUUAGGACAGAUAUUGGUGUGUAAUAGCUGGCCUAUUAAUCCUAGUGUUCAUCUCCUUGAUCAAGACGGUCAGUUUCUGCGUCUACUGCUGACGUCAGAAGACGGUAUACGUUCUCCUAGUGGUAUGUGUAUUGAUGACAAACAAAACCUCUAUCUGGGUCAGGAGGUCAGUAGUACAAUUACAGUGUACAAGUACCUGAAGAGCACAGAAGACUAA